AUGGCAAAUCCCGCUCCCACCCUCCUUUGGGGAGGACGCUUCACCGGGGCGAUCGAUGACCUUAUGUUCAAGUUCAACGAGUCUCUCACAUUCGACAAAGCACUCUGCAAAGCGGAUGUCCAAGGCUCCAUCGCCUUUGCCAAAGGACUCAACCAGCUCCAUCUCCUUACGGACGACGAGCUGAACCAGAUCGUGUCGGGCCUUCAGAAAGUCGCGCAAGAAUGGGAGGAAGGGAAAUUUGUCAUUGACACCAAGUCGGAUGAAGACAUACACACAGCAAACGAGCGUCGACUGGGAGAGUUGAUCGGUUCCCAGAUCGCGGGCAAGCUACACACUGGACGCUCUCGCAACGAGCAGAUCGCGACCGACAUGCGACUGUGGGCUCGAGACCAGCUGGCAGGUCUGGCGGAGUCGAUGAAGGGGGUCCUGCAGACUUGUGCGACGCAGGCCAAAUCUUCCCUCCCGAUCCUGAUGCCGGGCUACACCCAUCUACAGCGCGCCCAGCCAGUUCGCUUUUCGCACUGGCUGCUAGGCCACGCAAAUUUCAUCCAGGGCGAUCUCCAGCGUCUGGAGGGAGUCCAGGAGAGAGUGUCAUGCUGUCCCCUGGGCGUUGGUGCGUUGGCUGGGAAUCCGUUCGGCAUCGACCGCGACUUUCUUGCCCGCGAAUUGGGCUUCUCGUCUGUCCAUCAGAACAGCUUGGCCGCCGUGGCUGACCGAGACUUUGUCGUCGAGAUCCUCCAGUGGGCGAGUUUGUUGAUGGUGCAUCUGAGCCGGCUCAGCGAAGACUUGAUCCUCUUCUCCACUGCCGAGUUUGGCUUUGUUCGUGUUGCCGACGCCUACAGCACCGGCAGCAGCUUGAUGCCGCAGAAGAAGAACCCGGACAGUCUGGAGCUGAUCCGCGGCAAGGCAGGGAGAGUCAUGGGACAGGCAUCUGGAUUCCUCUCUACCCUGAAGAGUCUUCCGACGUCCUAUAACAAGGAUCUCCAAGAAUCCGUUGAGCCGCUUCUGGACUGCGUCAAGACCGUCUCGCAAUGCCUGACCAUCAUCCAGGGCGUGCUGGGCUCGCUACACAUUUUCGGCGACAAGAUGAAGGCUGCCUUGACGGCUGACAUGCUGGCCACCGAUGUCGCCGAUUAUCUGGUCCUCAAGGGUGUUCCGUUCCGCCAGACCCACCACAUCGCCGGCGCCAUCGUCCGCAAAGCAGAGGAAAAGGAGGUGUCCAUUGCCGAACUGUCCCUCGAGGAUCUGAAACAGAUCUCGCCGCUCUUUGAGGCGGAUGUCGUCGAAGUCUUUGACUUUGAGAGGAGCGUCGAGAAGAGGUCGACCACGGGCGGCACGAGUCGCAGCUCCGUGUUGGCUCAGAUCGAGGCCAUUGAAGCUCUUGUCGGGAAAAGCUCUUGA